AAAAACAGAGAUCUUUCUUCUAAUUUAUGAAACUAUUUUUUAAUUCAACAAAAGAAUUUACUAAAAAAAAAAAACUAAAUUUACUCAUAAAAAAAUUCAAUUAAUCCCCCAUAAAUGAAAAAAGAAAAAAAGAAAACCAUUUCCGGCCCAGAAAUUUACAAAUGUGACCGACGAUUCAGAAUCAAGUUUCAUGGGAGUUACCGUUUCCGUUGGCUGAAGGCGAAUGCGAAUGCCAUCCCAGGAUUGAUUCAAUCGUCGGUCGCCAUCUCCGAUGAACACAAAUUCGAUCAUUAAUUAAUGAUGGUCCCAAAUCAUUAAUCCCUUGUUUUUUCUUCGAUGACGCUCGUUUUGAUUUUCCCACCAGAUGAUCGGAAGAACACCAUCAAAAUCGAUUCGGAUUUUGUCGGUCUGAGCUUCAACUUCGGCUAAAAUAGACAAUAUCUAUCAGCGGUGGGCUUGGACUUGGGCGUUAUACGUUUUUUCUAUUUGUCAUUGGUUUAAGGCCAUUGCUUACAGCGAUUUGGAGGAAGGAAAGUUGGAUUAGAUUGAAUGCAGAGCUUUGAUUGCAGAGUUCCUCUGUUCAUUUGUGAUAUGGAGUGAACAUUGGGUUUUAUAGUUCAAAAGGCUACGAAAUUGAGUGGAUGGGUUUAAGAGAAGGGGAUCUCACAUUUGAUCUGGAAAGCGGGGCGAAGAUUGUUAAAGAGGAGGCUGGAAAUGUGGAGCCAAGUUCAAUCAAACGAGAGGUGAAGAACAUUUUUUGGGGUAGGUUGACAGAGGAUACACUGCCACGAGACGAACGAGCUGCAGCCUCGAGCAGUUACGUUGCCAAUAUCAUCCGUGAUGCGAACAUAAAAUUGUUGAUAAAUAAGAAUUUGAAAGGAGAAGAGGGUCGUCAGAAAAAGGCUCCGAAGCCACCUCGGCCGCCCAAGGGACCUUCACUCGACGCUGCUGACCAAAUGCUGGUGAAGGAAUUCGCUGAGCUUGCCAUGAAAAAACGAUCGAGAAUCGAGCGAAUGAAAGCAUUGAAGAAGGCAAAAGCUGAGAAAACAUCUUCUUGCAAUACUUACAUACCAGCUUUGGUUAUCACAUUCCUCUUCUUCCUUGUAGUAAUCAUUCAAGGUAUAAGCUCCAGAAGCAGUUCAUUGUUCCAGGGGUCGCCCAAACCGGCCGUUGGUGGUAGUAGCGGUUUCGUUUUGGUUCAGUACAUUAUGAACUUUCCCAGAAAUGAAAGCUACAUACCCAAUUCCACCACCUCUGUUAAGUGAGUACUUGUUGUUGAUGCAGCCCUGCUGCAUAGCUCGUGUCUGAUUUUGUUCCUCUAGACAAGGCCGGCAUGGUGGCUCCUAUGGCCUUCAUUUUUUAGUACUACACUUUUGUGUCUUUUCAAGAAACAUCCCAUUUUUGUAAUCAAACCCUUUUAUAUUUUGAUUUUAUGUUGAUGAGUUGAAUUAUGAACGUUUUCCCUCUCGGUUUCGAUACCGAACCGGCAGAAUUAUGA